AGAGUGAAGCAUAGGAACCCUAAUGCAGAGUGUAGUUUGGUUGUGACUUGGGGGAGACAAUGGAGGAGGGGAAAUUGAGAGAGCUGAAGCAAUUCAUAGAGACGUGCAAAUCCAAUCCCUCGCUUCUCCAUAACCCAUCUCUUUCCUUCUUCAAAGCUUAUCUUCUUAGCCUUGGUGCUCGCAUCCCUCCCCAACCCAAAUCAGAACCAGGUGAUUUUGAUGAGAAGAAGUCAGAUCCUCCUUUAUCCGCUCAAGAUGACAUAAUAGAAUCUGAUAUAGAGUUGGAUAAUGCCGAUGUUGUCGAACCCGAUAACGAUCCUCCUCAAAAGAUGGGAGACCCUUCUGUUGAAGUGACGGAAGAACAGAGAGAGGCUGCACAAUUAGCAAAAUCAAAAGCAGUUGAUGCUAUGUCACAAGGUAACAUCGAUGAAGCACUGGACCAACUGACUGAAGCAAUUUUGUUGAAUCCACAUUCGGCUAUACUUUAUGCUACUAGAGCCAGUGUCUUUAUGAAAUUGAAGAAACCAAAUGCUGCUAUACGUGAUGCUGACACUGCCUUGAAGAUUAAUCCAGACUCCGCCAAAGGAUACAAAAUUCGAGGGAUGUCAAGGGCUAUGCUGGGACUUUGGGAAGAAGCAGCAAGUGACCUUCAUGUGGCUUCAAGGUUAGAUUACGAUGAAGAAAUUGAUAUGGCACUUAAAAAGGUUGAACCUAAUGCCCACAAAAUUGAGGAGCAUAGGAGAAAAUAUGAACGCUUAAGAAAGCUAAAGGAGCAGAAAAAAGAUCCUAUUAAGACCGAAGCUCCUAUUAAAAAGGAGCAGGAAACUGAGGCCCAAGUUCAAGAAGCAUUAUCUGCUUUAAAAGAUGGGCAAAUCAUUGGUAUUCACUCUACUAGUGAAUUGGAAAAGAAGUUAAGUGCUGCAUCAAAGGCAUCACGCUUGGCGAUCCUGUAUUUUACUGCAACAUGGUGUGGCCCAUGUCGUUUCAUUUCCCCUAUUUAUACAAGCUUGGCUGAAAAGUACCCAAAAGUGGUUUUUUUGAAAGUUGACAUAGACGAGGCCAGGGAUGUUGCUUCAGCCUGGAAUAUUAGCAGUGUUCCAGUAUUUUUCUUUGUUAAGAAUGGCAAAGAGGUUGACAAUGUGGUGGGGGCAGACAAAAGUACACUUGAAAGGAAGAUUGCACAACAUGCUGACCCUCUUUAAGUGAAUACCUUGUAAAGACCCUGAUACAAUUGACAUUUCGGUGUUUCUUCUAUUUACAUGUCCAUGGUGUCAUACAAAGGCAAAGAUUAAUCUAGUUUCAUUGUAUUAUGGCUUGACGUUUCAUUGUAUCAUAAGUAUUUUUGAGAACUUUUCUACUGAAAAAUAAAAUGUAUUUUUUUGUA